AUGAUUCCUAGAGCAUUUGUGAAAGACUGGAGACAUGAAUUCGGCGAUACAGUACGUGUAAUUACGUACGAUGGUAUAAUUGCGACAAUAAAAUUAGAAACAAUUAAUGGGAAAUUUUAUUUAACUGAUAGAUGGGAGCAAUUUUUCGAUCAUCACAAUUUAUACAAUGAUUAUUGCCUAAUGUUUGAAUAUACCGAAAAUUCCACAUUUAAUGUAGUCGUAAUGGAUGAUUCUGGGUUAGAAGUGAAAUAUGAGUCGGACAUCUUCGAAGAAGGUGAAGAAAGCAACAAUUCGAAUAUGGAUAAUCCUGCAUUCAAAGUGAAGUUAACACCCCAUAAAUAUGGCCAUCGAAAAAUUUUUAUACCGAGAAGAUUUGCCAACCAGCAUUGGCCAAAAUUCGUGCGUAGUGUUCAAAUUCACGACUCUUCACAUCAAAAUUGGGAUAUCACUACAAAUUUAAGGCCAAAUGGUGUGGUACAAUGUCUCACUAUAAGAUGGGCACAUUUUCCCUCCAUGAAGGAAUUAGAAAUGGAUGGUACAUGCAUAUUUGAACUACUGAACAAUGAAUCUCCAGAAUUUUUAGUGUACAAAAAAAAAUCACAGUGA